AUGGGUCACCUUAUUACUGUUGCAACUUCUCUGAACCAAUGGGCGCUCGACUUCGAGGGCAACUUCGAGAGGAUAUUGCAAAGUAUCCGGAUCGCAAAGGAACGAGGUGCCACGCUCAGAGUCGGGCCUGAGCUCGAGAUUCCUGGAUACGGAUGCCUUGACCAUUUCUUGGAGGGUGACACUGUGCUUCACUCCUGGGAGAUCCUUGGGAAGAUUUUAGAGUCUGAAGACGUGUCGGAUAUUCUUUGCGACGUUGGGAUGCCAGUGACGCAUAAGAACGUCAUUUACAACUGUCGGAUCAUCAUAUACAAUCAUAGAAUUCUCCUGAUUCGUCCGAAAAUGUGGUUAGCCAAUGAUGGAAAUUACCGGGAGCUACGUUACUUUACACCAUGGCAGAAGCAUCGUCAAGUCGAGGAUCACUACUUGCCUCGUAUGAUCCAGAAUAUCACUAAUCAGGUCAAAGUACCAUUUGGAGAUGCUGUGGUUAGCACGGCCGACACUUGUAUUGGCGUUGAACUUUGUGAAGAGUUGUUUACUCCAGCAAGUCCCCACAUUCUUAUGGGACUUGAUGGCGUCGAGAUCUUUACAAACUCAAGCGGAAGUCACCAUGAACUACGGAAGCUCUAUCGUCGCGUAGAAUUGAUCAAGGAAGCGACUCUCAAGCUCGGAGGGAUCUAUUUAUAUGCAAAUCAACAAGGGUGCGACGGCGAUAGACUCUAUUAUGAUGGAUGCGCUAUGAUUGCUGCAAAUGGUCGCAUAGUAGCGCAAGGAUCUCAAUUUUCUCUCCAGGAUGUCGAAGUCGUGACUGCUACGUUAGACAUCGAAGACGUUCGUGCACACAGGGCGAAAGCAAGUAGGAGUAUGCAAGCAGCAGAAGCAGAACGCUAUCAUCGCGUCGAAGUGCCUUUUGCUUUGUCUGAUCCGCUGGCGUUAGACGUACUUGACGUGGAGGGUUACAGAAUUUUCGAAGUUCGUUAUCACACACCAGAAGAAGAGAUUGCACUUGGGCCAGCAUGCUGGCUCUGGGAUUACCUUAGGAGAUCAAGGACGCAAGGGUACUUCCUACCUUUGAGCGGUGGGAUUGACAGCUGUGCGACUGCUGUCAUUGUUUACUCAAUGUGUAGACUUGUUUCAGAAGCUGCCCAUCGUGGAGGAAAGUUUAUCAUUGCUGACGCGCGUCGAAUCGCCGGCGCGCCCGAGGAUUCAUCUUACGUACCGACUGACCCGAACCAGUUCUGCCAGCGCAUAUUGCACACCUGCUAUAUGGGUACGGUAAAUUCCAGUGCAGAGACACGAGAGCGUGCAAAGGAUCUAGGGAAUGCGAUUGGAAGCUACCACAUUGACCUGAAUAUGGACUCCGUCGUGACGGCUGUUCGUACUCUUUUUGGAUACGUAACUGGAGUCACUCCCAAGUUCAAGCUGCAUGGCGGAUCUGAAGCGGAAAACCUUGCAUUACAGAAUAUUCAAGCUCGUAUUCGGAUGGUCCUCUCCUAUUUAUUUGCACAGCUCAUGCCUUUCUUGCGAGGCAGGACAGGUGGACUCCUCGUGCUAGGAAGCGCAAACGUCGAUGAAAGCUUACGAGGAUAUUUGACCAAAUAUGACUGUUCUUCCGCUGACAUCAAUCCCAUCGGCGGAAUCAGCAAGACAGACUUGAAGAAGUUCAUUGCCUAUGCGAGAGAUGCAUUUGAACUUCCCAUCCUUACCAACUUCUUGGACGCCGUCCCCACGGCUGAGCUUGAGCCAAUAACUGAAAAUUACGUGCAGGCUGAUGAAGCCGAUAUGGGAAUGACAUAUAACGAACUAUCGGUUUUCGGGCGCCUUAGGAAAGUGGAGAAGUGUGGGCCUUAUGGCAUGUUUACGAAGCUCGUACACGAGUGGGGGUCAAAGCUCUCGCCACUGCAAAUAGCGGAUAAAGUGAAGCUUUUCUUCUUCGAAUACGCGCGAAACCGGCACAAGAUGACUACUCUCACCCCGGCAUAUCAUGCCGAGUCGUACAGUCCGGACGAUAAUAGAUUUGAUCUGCGCCCGUUCCUAUAUCCUUCUCGAUUUCCGUUCCAAUUCAAGAAGAUCGAUGAGACCGCCAAGAGGCUUCCAGACCGCUCGAAGUCGGACGAAAGCAAGACCAAAACAGAUUGA